GGCGCCAAUAAUCUCUUAAUUAGAUUCGCAUUUUUGCAACGACAGAAUCCAGUUGUGUAGUAUACAGCAGCACUUACUGUAAUAUUGAAAAUGGUCUUACAUUCUAACACGAGACCUGCAGAGAGGCAUGGUUCUUGACAUCCAUGACAGAGACUCAAGCCACGACGACUAGAGGCGAAGUGUCACACACAGCUCCGCGAACAUAGCUAAAUCAGUUGAGGAGGGAAUAGAAAAAUAGGCAAGCCGAGUGUUUUUCUUUGAAAUACAGUAUUGAGGCUCUCUCUCCGAUCUAAUCUCUCGUCUUCAUUGGUUUAGUGAGACAAAGUCGCGGUGCGUAAAUGAGAGAAAAUCAUCGAUAAAAUAAUAACCGAGGACGGAGCGAUGCAUUUGUUCAGCGUGUUCAAUACAGAGCUGUAGCUAGUUUUUUUUAAGUGGCGAGGAAUGCUAUCUGAGCUCACGCAUCAAUGUUUCACUGGGGCAAGUGGAAGAAGAGGAUGGGCGCGAACAGUUCUAAGAGACCGGUCUACGAUGAAAAGGAAGAUGUAACCUUUGACCACUUCCAGAUUCUCCGGGCCAUUGGGAAGGGGAGCUUCGGAAAGGUGUGCAUUGUGCAGAAGAGGGACACAGAGAAGAUGUACGCCAUGAAGUACAUGAACAAACAGCAGUGCAUAGAGAGAGACGAGGUCCGAAACGUCUUUAGAGAGCUAGAGAUUCUACAGGAAAUUGAACAUGUUUUUUUAGUAAACCUCUGGUACUCGUUCCAGGACGAGGAGGACAUGUUCAUGGUGGUGGAUCUGCUGCUGGGAGGAGACCUGCGCUACCACCUCCAACAGAACGUCCAUUUCAACGAGGACGCUGUCAAACUCUACCUGUGUGAGAUGACCCUGGCACUGGACUACCUGCAGAACCAGCACAUCAUCCACAGGGAUAUCAAACCAGACAACAUCUUGUUGGAUGAGCAAGGCCACGCCCACCUGACAGACUUCAACAUUGCUACAAUAAUCAAGGAUGGAGAGAGGGCCACUGCCUUAGCUGGAACCAAGCCCUACAUGGCACCAGAGAUCUUCCAGUCCUUUGUGAGUGGGGGGACGGGUUAUGCCUUUGAGGUGGACUGGUGGUCACUAGGCGUGACGGUCUUCGAGGUGCUGCGUGGAUGGAGGCCCUAUGAAAUCCAUGCCAGUAACUCCGUGGAGUCUUUAAUGCAGCUCUUCAGUACCGUCAGUGUGCAGUACAACACCGCCUGGCCCAAGGACCUGGUCCAUCUCAUGAGGAAGCUGCUGACGGUGAACCCAGAGCAUCGUUUCUCCAGCCUGUCUCACAUGCAGACGGCUCCCUACCUCUCUGACAUCAACUGGGACGCUGUCUACGAGAAGAAGAUAGAUGCUGGGUUCGUUCCUAACAAGGGCCGUCUGCAUUGCGACCCCACCUUUGAGCUGGAGGAGAUGAUACUAGAAUCUCGUCCCCUCCACAAGAAGAAGAAAAGACUGGCCAAGAACAGGUCACGGGAAGCCAGCAAGGAUUCCCAGUCGGAAAACGACUACCUACAGGAGUGCCUUGAAGUGGUGCAGUCUGAGUUCAUGAUCUUCAACCGCGAGAAGUUGAAAAAGAGGCAGGAGGAGGGUGCAGAGGGAGGGGAGUCUGAAGGAGCUGCCGAGGGGGGGGAUGAUGGGGAUGGAGACGGAUCCGGCGAGGCUGAGGGAGGCACAGAGGAUGAGGAUCCCGAACCCGAGUCCUCCUCCAAACUGAGCAUGUGCGGCUCGGUCUGCUCCUCUCCUGGCAGCUGCUAGCACCACACCACCACCUGGUGGUCACUCAGGCUGCUGUGUGUGUGUGUGUGUGUGUGUGUGUGUGUGUGUGUGUGUGUGUGUGUGUGUGUGUGUGUGUGUGUGUGUGUGUGUGUGUGUGGAACCAUGCCUAUAGAUACUCUAACCUCUCCAAUGUAGCCAUGAUGACUGGAGGAACUGGAACGCACAGCAGGACAACAACGCACAGCAGGACACAAAAUGGCUCUCCUAUUUCUUCUUCUGUAGCAUCCACCGUUAAGGCAUGAAUGAAACUGCAGGGUUACAGAGCGGUCCCGCCCUCCGCGCCCUAGAAUAAGCUCUAACUAAUUUCUAUGCAACGUACAGUAUAGCAUGAAAGUAAGGUAUCACUACGAGAGGGGAUAACACGCAGCAGAAGCCACACGAUAUAUGAGCAUGACAACAUACAGAGAAAUAGGAGCAAGGCUUAAGAGUUUUGAAAGAAAUAUUUGUAUUUUUUUGCGUUCCCGCUCUUUUAGCCUCGAGUAGAUGCAGCUACCUCUGCAAACUCACAUACUGAAUUAUUCAACGGCGUUAGACACUCUUAGUUUUCUUUGCCUGUGUAGCUCGUGCAAUCCCUCUCCUCUCUGUGUACUCCUCCUAUUCUGAACGACUAUUACUGUUGUCCGGUUACCUUCUCCAAAUGCCUUUCAUUUCAAUUAUAGUAUAUAUUUGUUCAAGUAUCACAAUGCCAAUAUACAGUGCAGUGCACAUAGACAUAGAAUAACUAUUAUAUUACUAUGUUCUAUGUAAUUCUAUUCCUGAGGUAGUGCAGUGGAUAGAAACUUUUAGAGGAGGGUAAAUGUUGUUUCCAGUCACAGUAAGUGAGUCUUCUAAUAGAUACAUACAUUACAGUAUGGGCCAUUCGGGACAAGGAGGUUUUGCAAUUUCAAAUAAAUCACUAGUUCAAUCCGAUAACGUAGAACCAUUUUGAAGUGGUGUUGAUUGUUAAUCAAUAGCCAUUCAUUACACGUUAAUUGUGACUAUAUUAUGCAUCAGCAUGCUGGUUUGAUUUUUACUACGGUGAUUUACGCUCCUCCAACGAAACCUUUUUUCCAGACAUUGUUCGUUUUUUCAAAUGCCCUGUCAGUUAGAGGGACUUAGUACAUCUGUGGUGUAAAUGGAAGGUUUCCCUCACGGUCGAUCUCUGUGACUGUUGCCAAGACGCUGUUCUAUUAUCCCACGGCUCCACUGGGGGUUACAUGCUCGUACUGCUUGAGUUCUUAUACGUUAAACAUAAACAUUGUCGCUACCAGGGGAUCAGACCAUAGAAGAAGAAUCAUAUUGAGCGUACCCCGUAAAGGUUUAGUUAAAUUGACGUGGUAUGGGAGGCUUUGCCUGUUCUAGUCUUUCUUUGUCCAUGGAUCAGACAUGAUCAGCUUCUAUUGAAUAGCUACAGAAGAAUCUCGUAGUUGAACAUAAUCCCUUAUUAGACUAAGAUGACCGUGACAUUUUAACAAUCGUCUUUCAUUUGAUUGUCUCGAUCACUCCUGUAUGAAAAAUGAUCCCGGGGCAGUAUUAUUAGUUGUGGUACAUUUUAAGGUGGUGCCAUUACUCUCAGCCUGGACAUCUGGGAACAUGUAGCAUUGUCCACCUUAAAACCCUAAGGCCUAACAAAGUAAGGUGUAAAUAGCCUAACCUCGCUCCACAGUUUUAUGUGGGACUGCUUACUAAACGUACAUGUUACUAAAUUAAGAGUAGUAUGAAGCCAAACAUUCAUACACUGUUGUACUCAUUUUAUUUCCAAGUGUGCAGGCACAACUUGUAGGCAGAUAUGCCAAAGCUUUUCUACCAUUUGCAUUGCCAUUUCUAAGAACUUUGUGUGUGAAUGUGUUUCCUCUCUGUAGCGCAUAUAACCACUGUUCCUUCUGUGAAAAUACUAUCAUUUGUAUACGAACAUUUAUUGUGAUUAUAUAUAAAGGAAUGUUUUUGGGGAGAAAUAAAAUAUUAUUCAAUUAUAUGGGGGGGAAAUCUGAUUUCCUAUGAAAAUAAGCGCAUUAGUUACGCCCAUAGCGUCUCGAACCCUGCAUUUUUGCAUGCACCUCUAUUUACAGUUUAAAGCAGAUUUUGUAGGAGAGCCAAACGCUAGGGUUUGUGGGUGGCUUACAGUAUGUGCACAUGCAAGCUUCAGGCAGUAGAAUACCUUGAUGUUCACCUGUGUUCUGAUGAUUGACAGAGGAGAGGCCUCAUAUAAUCAGUGUAGCCCUGUCCUGCUUGCCUGUCUAUGUGAUGUCUAGGUUUGCUUAAAAAAAAAAAAAAAAGAUUUCAAGUCCUACGACUGUACAAAUAAUUUAUUCCCAUUGUUAUAUGGAUGCCAUGAUAUUUUAGACUGUAUGCAGUGACUUUUGGCAUCCCGUAGAUUGUUUUAAGAAUAUGUUCCAAGUGCACAGGCUUUUCUUUAAGUGGAUGAUUUAAUAAGUCAGUAUCUAUGCCCUCCUAUGCUCCAAUGUGGGUAAGUUUAGGUUUUCUGUGCUUUGUUAUGUAUAUGGGAAAGGGAUAAGGCCGAGGGUUUGGGGCAUUGUGUGAGUCUGCCCGUAGCUAUGUGAAAAGUCUUAAAUACUGCUCUUCGACAUGUCUUUACAUUGUCCUCACUACUGACGACUAGAUGAAAAAGCUUGACUGGAUGUUCAGUCUCCAGUGCUAGAAAUGGCCAUGCGAUUGUGUUGAUUGUUUGUAAUGAAUAGUCAUCGAUUUUAAUGGAAACCCUGCUCGGUCGUUUUAUUUCUAAGUUCAACAAUAUUGUAGCCCGAUGUCAUUCCCUUGAUUAUCAUUUAAAAUGCACCUCCAUUCCUGGUCGGAUGUUGCUUGCCUAACCCCCAAAAAUCUUUCAUAUGUUUGGACCAUUGUGUUUACAUGCUAGUUUAUUGGAUAAUAUUGUUGUAAGUAUAUUUACCUGGGUGUUUCAAACAGCGUUGUGAUAGAACGAGUGACCAAUCACCACAGUACUUUUCCCAUCAACUGGAUAAGGAUUAAAGCUCUCACAGAUAAUAGUACUGUCUUAUCUUUGUAGCAACAUUUAGUAAUGUAGUGUCCAUUUUUGAGAAAACAAAAUCUAUGACCACUCUCCUCUUUGUUUCGAUUUUGAACAUGUUCUGUAGGAUUUUUAUGGGGACUAAAUAAAUACACUUGCAACUAGCCUGGGUCUCAGUGGAAGCCUUGUACUGUACCUAUUCAAACUGCUCUGUGUAUUGAAACAUGUUGCUUUAACUGCUUUGAUAAAUAAAUUCCUUCCAGUACUCUC